AUGAAAUUUUCCAAAGUCUCGUUGCUGGCCGCAUCUGCAUCCGUUGCUUUAUCUGCUCCAGUUGCUGUCACCGUCACACAACACGUUCAUCAAGCAGCCACUGUGGUGGUACAAGGUAUAGUUUAUGUGGAAAACGGUCAGACUCUAACAACAUUCGUUACCAAGGGCUCUCCAAGCGCCGCCAUUGCCACUGCUACUGCCACUGCCACUGCCACUGUAUCGGCUCCUAUAGUGGUUGCUAAUGCUCAAGUGGACAGCGUAGCUCCUACUGUCAUUCAAGAGAGCGCCGUGGUGGCAGAAUCUGUCACUUCCGAUGCGUUCUCUACCGCAACUUUUGAAGAAUCCUCUACUGCAAGCACAGUUGCACCAUCGGUACAAUCCUUUACAAGUACCACGCAAGAAUCCACUCAGAAUGUUGCGGCUACACCUUCAACAUCGGUAGCACAAAUUGCUGGCACAACCACUCCAAUCACCACUUCUAGUCCAACUACGCCAACAACCACCACUGCUAGUUCAACCACUGCUACUACCACGCAAUCAACGGCCUCAUCUACUCAGUCUUCGGACUCGAACUCUGAUUUUUCAACGUCGAUGGUUAACGAACACAACACCAAGAGGGCAUUACACAAGGACACCGGUUCUUUAACAUGGUCCGACACCCUAGCCUCAUACGCACAAAAUUACGCCGACUCUUAUGACUGUUCAGGGAACUUGGUACACUCUGGCGGUCCAUACGGUGAAAACUUAGCAUUGGGUUAUGGAACAACCGGCUCCGUCGAUGCUUGGUAUAACGAAAUUACUAGUUACGACUAUUCAAACCCUGGAUUCAGCGAAAGCGCAGGCCACUUUACCCAAGUCGUGUGGAAGGGAACUUCUGAAGUCGGUUGCGGUUUGAAAUCUUGCGGUGGCGAAUGGGGUGAUUAUAUCAUUUGUUCCUACAAGGCCGCUGGUAACUUUAUUGGUGAAUUUGCCGAUAAUGUUAUGCCAUUGGCUUAA